CGCCUCAAACGUUCAUCACUUGGGCUAAUUGAAUCAUCUCGUUGACAAUUGAAUUUGGUGGUGAUCGGUGGAGGUUUGGGGGGUUAUAUUUUGGUACGGCUGGUCAAUACUUGAAUCGGGGACUGACCGAACGGCUCACGGGACUCACCUUCUGCCUCACGGUGAUACUUCACUCGCUGGACUCACCGAGUCAGUCACAUUCUGACACUCGAGGUAGCACGACCUCUCGACUUCACCUGAGAGCUCUCACUAGGUGUCAACCUGAUUGAUCCAUUUGUGAUUCUGUGACAUUUUUUUUGAGAGGUUUUGGGGUGACAGUUCGGAUCUUUGGAUUUUUUUUCUUUCUUUUUUUUUGCGUUUCUUUUUUGAUGAAUUGAUUUUGUGAACACGUGGGGAAUAUUGACGGACGGAUACACGUGGGCACUGGUUUGGGUUGGAGUGCUGUGAUUUUUUGGUGAUGCGAUGAGUGUGGAUACAGUGGUGAGGGCUGAUAUUGGGAUGGAGGAGAUUAUGAUGAGGGACCAGAGGACGACGUAUCACAGGGUGAAGACUCAACGGGUUCGGUCCGACACGAAAAUUUAUGAUACCAGGACAAUUAAUUUUUGUGGAAUGAACCGGGGGGUGUGCGAUGGUCAUUUUGAGUGCAAGGGUAGAACGAGGGGAGAGUGUAAUGAGUGCGGGGUGAAAUAUCUGGUGGAUAAUGGGAUUAAAAAAUGCGGGAGAAGUUGGAGAGCGACAAGUGGCGGAUACAAAUGGCUGAGGUUAGGUAGCCUACUAGUGACGCUGCUUGUGGUAUCGGUACAGGGUGCACCAACGAUGACACUCGAGGACAGACGACUGAAUUCACCAGAGAAAUGGAUGAAUCCUUGUGGCGAAGGACUUGCCACGGAGGAGAGUGACGGUGAGCCGGAAUAUGGUCCUCUGACUGAUGCUGAGCUUCUGAAUGUCGUAGCUGUUCAAGCGAGAACUGCACUCCAUCAGGCUCAAGGGUUCAAGGACAAUUACAUCAAACAGACGUUUAACACCGACUUUGCCGUUCUGCACUCGGAGUGGAAGGACAACCACUACGAUUGGCUGCCUGGUCUCGAUAAGAUACCGAAACAACUCGGGGAACCACUGGCACCGGAGUACCUGAGCAAAUUGGGAUUAGAAAUGCUUGACAAUAUUCUACUGGACAUCUACGAGUACAUGCAGACGUACGCCGUAGGUCUGGAGCAAAUAGUCUGGGAUCAGGAGGAUCAUCGGCUUGAGUUCCUCCAGAAGUUCAAGGACACCGAGUCAAGUCUCCAAACGGUGCUGUGUGAAUUGCAAGCUGCUCUCAUAGAACGCGGAGUAACACCGAGAAACAACAUAACCCGCCAAGUAAUGCCCAAUGAUUAUCGCGGUGGUAUGUCGUCACAGGCAACAUUCAGAAAUUUACGUGACUGGCUUAUAUUUCGUGACUACAUGAACGGAUUGGAGUACGUUAUAGAGGUAUUUGGACACUUGGGUCGUGGUGUCAAGUCCUGAAGGCGGCUAGGCGGAUGCCGGCGAAGGGCAAUCAGACGACGACUCCGUUACUUAAGGGAAUUGUCAGAACGACUUUAGUCUGGAGGCUCUACUAUCUUAAUGAGAAAUAAAUGAUGUCGAUAGCUUUAGACUGUGGGAUUUUUUGAUCGAGAGACAUUGGAUCGUAUCACUAUGUCCGGGACAACAUGGCUGUCUCGUUCAUACGGCACAAAAUGGCCGCUCCCGAUAUUUUGGGGGUUAAAUCGCUUGAGAUAUUGAUUUUCGUGAUUAUUGAGAACGCAUCGGGGGAUUAAAUCAUUGUUGCAGCGUUUCGAUUGCUUUGGGACAGCUACAUCUCCACUUUUGAGACAUCUGUUCAACAAAAUGGAUGUCGCAAAUGAGUUGGCUCAAAGCUCGACGUGGCAAUUUUUGAUUUUAAAACGUCGUUGAGUCUCAAUUCAACGGGGAUAAUCAUUUCUUUCGGUUUUUCUCGCAGAGUUUUCGGUCGGGUGUUCAAAUUCGUGCUGACUAUGAAGAAAUGGCGUGUUUCAUCUCCACCUGACAUAGUCAUGCCGAUUCUUUGUCUCUGGAUCGUACGAUCAGUCUUUUUUGAAGUGCAAAUGGAACUGUACAUAUUAUAUGUAUAACUCACGGUAGAAUCCAUGUAAUUUAGUAGGGAAAUGAAAUCUAGUGAGUCGUUAGAAUUGCCGCCCUCUUCCCCCGGUUUUCCGCCGCAUUCAAUAAUCGUUCCAUAAUUUCGCUAAUUAACCGUUUUAAAAAUGGUCGAAUUGCAUCUCCCUCUCGUAUUCAUCCGUAUACUUAUCAAAAUUUUUUAAUGAUUGAGCAUAAAGAUCUAAUGAUCUCAAAAAUUUAUUACAAUUUUUAUCAUCUAUCUGAGACGGAGGUUUUUCAAAUUGAUAAAAGUCUUGCGAUAACUUAAGAAUUUGACAGAUUCUAGCACUUGUUUUACUUCCAAUUAGUGCUCAUAUUAUUCUUAACAACUGAUUUUUAAUAAUCACCUAUGUGCAAGAAUACAAUAUUUUAUUCCGUCGCACCGACUUUAAAUUCAAUUUACACCGAAAUCUCGGGUUUUACGUAGGCAAACAAAUUUUAUAUUAAUUUACAUAAAAAAAAAACGGUAAUGCGGUUUUGUAUAUUGUUUAUUUGAUGAGGGAUAAUAAUGAGAUUACGUUUAAUGAGUAAAGACAGAGAGUGAAAGAAGGGCAUUGCCAGCAUAUAUUUGACCGGGGUGUACAGGGAAACCCUGCCUCUCCAGUUGGGUUUAUUCACGCUGGUAAAAAUCGCAGGGAAAAAAAAAAUAUCACCAGCCGACCUGUACACUCUCAUACAUAGAUAUACGCAACACGUACACAGUAUUUUGCGGUUUCUUCACCUUGCGAGAGAGAAUACGUACAAUAAAUGCAUGCGAAAUACUGAGCCCGCGUAAUCCUCAAGGAAUCCUCUCGUAUCCACAACUUAAUUGUAAUUAAUAUUUAUUAACUAACGGUAGUAUUAUCCUCGUAUUUAUUCAGAUUAUUUAUUUUUAUUUUUGUAAAGGCUUUACACUUCGUAUUCACCAACCAAUUUUUUUUGUUGAAAAUUGAAUUUUUGGGGAGAAAAUGGUGGUGUUGGUUUACGAAAUAAAAAAAUCUAGUGACUCGUGUGAAUACGGAACAACUUCUCCUGCUGAAACAUGAGAAGAAUUACGAGAUUUGAGGCAUGAUUGUUUUUUUUUGUCUGUGAAAUUCACUCGUGUCACUAGUUUAUCCAGUGGAAUACCUAUUUCCUCGUGAAUUCGUCGUGUCGCGCUGCUGCUGUCACCUUUCAUGAACUAUUUAUAAAAAUUCACGCAUUCACUUCACCCUAGACAAUUUAAUGUACGUUACGCACUCUAGAAAUAUUACUCUAAGAAAUGUUUAUCGAUCAACGAAUAUUUCCACGAGCUUCAUCUCCCGGUUCCUUCAUUUUCCGCAUUUAAGCACGAUUUUUUAAAUAAAGAGCCUGUGAUGUUCAAUUUUCAAUGCAUCCCAGACUCCGUCAUCUCGUGUCUGUGAUAAGCAUCGCAAACGUAUUAUAUUCCUUGUAAAUCCAUCUCCAUUAUCGUUUUAUUUAUUGUAACACCAGUAUUCAAUAUCCAAUCAAUCGACUUUAAAAUCGAAUUGAUGUCUUUGUUUUUUUUUUUAAUUUUAUAAUUUAUACAGUAAUCUAGGCGCCAAGAGCAGCAGCGUCGACCCAGUCUUACGGCAAUUAACUAAAAAAUUGAUUGAGAUUACAAUUACAAUAGAAAAACUGAAAAAUCCUAUCUGUCUGAAAAAUAAACCCAGCGAUCUCUGUCAGUACUACAUCAUCUGUAUUAAUCGAAACAACAGAUGAUAUCCGGUGUUAAUAAAAUUCGAAAAAGCAAUGAUUAGUCUAUUGCAAUCUUAAAUAAUUUAGGACUGAACAUGAGAAAUUUAUUGUGCGAUAAUAAAUGGACAAAAAAAAUUGUAAUUUUAAUUGUCAACCGCUUAAAUCGUAUAUAUUGUAUAUAAAGAGAUUCCGCUAUAACUUACGGAAAGAAACAUUAAAGAAAAUUGGAAAUUAUAAAAUUAUUAUAUAUGUGGAUAUGUAAUAUGUAAGGGCCCCUCUCUCAGUUGCCCGCUCUGUUGUAUCAUAAUAAACCAAAGACCGUUCA